AUUUUUUUUAUCCCUUUUCUUUCUUCCCCUUUUGUUUUUUUUCACUUUUCUUUUAUAUAACCAAAUAGAAUGAAAACUUCUACUAAUCAAGACAUUAUACCUUUUACUGUGCCUGGUUUAACUGAUGAACAAAAAGAACAAUUGCAAGAAAAACUUGCCAACAUCGUUUAUCCUAAUGAACUUGAAAGUGACGUUGGUUGGGAUUAUGGGGCACCUACUUGGGCAGUGAAGUCCAUGGCUGAUAUCUGGCGACAAGAGUAUGAUUUUGAUACUGCAAGACAAGAAAUCAAUCAAUGGCAUCAUUAUCAUACUAAAAUUGAAGACUUGAAUAUCCAUUUUAUCCAUGAACCAUCAUCACAUCCUGAUGCUCUUCCUAUCUUGCUAUGUCACGGCUGGCCAUCUACUUUUUAUGAGUUCCACAAGGUGAUCAAUGCUCUACGCGAUGGCGAAAAUGGUAAACAGGCUUUUCAUGUGGUUGUACCUAGUUUACCUGGUUACGGUUUCUCUGAUCCUCCGAAAACACCAGGCUGCGGUGUAGUCAAGAUGUCUGACAUGCUGAAUACUUUGAUGAUCAAGUUGGGGUACUCAAAAUACCUGUUCAGCGGAACAGAUUAUGGAGCGAUUAUUGGCAAGUACACUGCAACAAAUCAUAGUGAAAACUGUUGUGGAUUCCAUACAAAUUUCCCUAUGGUGCUGCCACCUAUUCCUACACCAAGAAAUCUAUUAUUCCAUCCAUUGAAUGUGUUCAAGUUUUUUGGUAGUUUGGUGACGGGUUUCAAUUGGAUGUAUGGUCAAGGAAAAACUAUAUUGAACUGGGCUACUUUCGCUAAUGCUGAAUUAUAUUAUGGUUGUGGUUAUCGUGCUAUUCAAGGAACAAGACCUUAUACAUUAUCCUAUGGUUUAUCAGAUAGUCCUCUUGGCUUGAUGGCAUGGAUGUUGGAGAAAUAUCAUGAGUGGACAUUCCAUGAAGAUGAAUCUAUUAGCAAGAAAGUAUCACUUCCUCCUACUAUUACAGCAGAUGAAUUCCUUACUCAGGUGACACUUUAUUGGAUGACCAACACUAUGUCAUCAUCUAUCCGUAUUUAUUAUGAAUGUCUUCAUCAACAUGAAAUGUUCAAGACAGUGAUUCCAAGAAUCAAUGUUCCAACAGCUAUUAGCAACUUCAAUCAUGAUGUUAUCAAGUUACCGAAGGAAUGGUUAGAAACAUCGACAAAUUUACAACAUUAUAAAGAAUAUACAAAGGGUGGACAUUUUCCAGGAUUAGAAGUGGACAAAUUAUUGAUCAAGGACAUUCAAGACUUUGGCGGCAAACUAAAUAGGCAACACAAAAGAAUCUUUGCGAAACUUUAGAUUGCAUAUUUUUAUUCCCUAUUGACAAUAAUCUAGUGAUCAUCAUUUGAAUAAAAAAAAAGGUUAAUGAUUAUUUUUGUUGUAAUAGAUCUUCA